GUUAUGGCAGUGCUGAAUAGGCAGGACAACCAAACUAGGAAUGAGCACGUUGACAACAGAUCCACUUCCUCAUCAACCACCACAAGUGCUGCUGCACUUCCUCCCAGUGGACAGUACUCCUCAGUCACUGCCACCGAGAAAUGGCAAGAAGAAUCCAAGGAGGGAAAGAAUUCGGUGCCCUCAAGUCUGCACAGGAAGAAAGACUCAACAAAAUCAAUGAGGAAUUCCUCUCAGACACUCAAUAUGAAGAAGUGGAAGACCUUUCAUCAAAGCUUGAAUUGUUUAAAACUAAAUUCAUGGAAUUUGAUCUGGAUAUCAGCGGAGAUUUAGACAUCAUGGGACUUAAACAAAUGUUGGAGAAACUGGGCAAGGCCAAGACCCACUUGGAGCUGAAAAAGAUUCUGUCUCAGGUGUCUGCAGGGGAGACCAUCUCCUACAGAGACUUUCUCCACAUGAUGUUGGGCAAGAAUAACUCAAUUCUGAAACUGAUUCUGAUGUUUGAAGACAUGGGCAAGGACAAGGAACCUGCGGAGACCGGGCCGCCAGGGCGCAGGACAUUCGCUGACCUACCCUGACCUGCUCUGACCUGCCCUAACCUACCCUGGUCUACCUGACCUACCCUGGCCUAUCCUUUCCUCACUGAAGGCCAACGCUGGACUACCCUGAAUGCCAAGGCUGCUGCCUCCAGAUCACAUUCACUCCACUGGGCUUCAAAUCAGCAGCCUGGAGUUCGGCUUUAUGCAGAAAAAUAAAUAGAAAUUAAAUGCUUACAUUAUUUAGUUUAUACAUAUGGAUAUUUAUUUGAAGGUGGGUAGACCUUAAUAUGGAAUUGACCAAGAGAACCACACACACAACAAACUCACCAAGACAAACACAUACACACACUGACCAAGACAAUUACAUACACACACACUGACCCAGAAAACCACAUACACACAAACUCACCAAGACAACCACAUGCACACACACACACACUGACCAACACAACCACAUACACACACUGACCACGACAACCACACACUGACCAAGACAACCACACACACACACACACACACACACACUGACCAAGAUAACCACAUCCUCUUUUGAGCACAAAGCUUGGAGGGAAAUGAAACUCGUCAACGUUAAAAAUCGACUUUGUUUGAAGGUUCAAAUACAUUUUAAAUUGUCUUGUCUCCUUUAGUAAGCCUUUUUAACUCUUAUUCAAUGGUAUUUGUUGUACAUAAUAAUAAUUAUAACUAUUAUAGCAACCUGGUUGCUAUAAUAGACAAAUGUUAGCUACAUUAUCAAUAAAGACAUGCUAAAUAAAGA